CGCCAUUAAACUAGUUUACUAUUAAUCGAAUUAUCAAGCAAAUCAACUUCAAGCCAAAACCUGUUUCUAUUAAUUUAAUGCUUCCUACUAUGCCCUUAGCUUUUACCUGUUCUUUUCUCAACACAUGUGAUAAAGGAACAGUGUCAAGAAUCAGCACAACCAUUGUAGAGUCUCUUCGAUUACAUUUAGUUAACCUAAGCUGAAGUUCCCAAUUUAGACAGGACAUCAUCGUUCUAAAGUAGAAUUAGAUUGAAGCCUAGAAAACCGGAGAAUAAUUGCUUACACGCACGUACGGUCGAACAUCCAGAUUACUCAAUAACCCAUGGACCUGGCAUGAUGCUAUGGGAUGGUCUGCCUUGAGAGCAGCUUAUUUUAUGGCGAGCAGAGCCAUGAAACUAUCGAUCGAGAAACAUUCUUGAGAUAAAUUCCCCAAAUCCCUGAAACUGAGAUCAACCCAAGCAUAGUUGAAGCACCAGCUUCGAUGGGAAGUUUACAGCAGGCCGGCGGACGCCGAGUUGGUAUGGAAGUAUCUAAGACCAGAGGUGUGGAAACCGAAAAUGGAGUCAACUUUAUAGUAUGCAUGAGCCUGUUUCAAAUACCAUCGACCUACAGCGAGAUCAAUGUCAGCCGAAGGAAUUGCAUGCCGACAGUCAGCCAUUGGCCCGCUGCGCUUACGGCUGGUGCCUAGAAUCCUCCUGAAGCAAUAGGGAUACUGAUAUGCGUCAUGUAUCAUCUGCGACAUGCGCCUGUUUUGACCUCUUACUUCAUUACUUUUCGAAUCACAUUGACAAAAUGAUAUUGACCAUGAUAGUCUUUACGCAUCUACUUACAUUAUUGUGCACCGUUCCGAUACAGCUCACUGCUGCUCGCCCUCCCAGCUCCAUCGCCCAACACCAAAAGCAUUUUGCUCAAAUUGAAACAAUACCCAAGGUAGAGCAGAAAUCCGAGGUUCCGGGCCACAAUAAUGUUACAUAUGGCCCAGUGCCCCUCGAAGACCAACUCUUCCAGAUCGAGAGCCUCGAGAUCGCUCCGUCGCCCAUCCCUCUCGAUCAGUUCUUUUUCGUUCUGCUCCGCGGCCGGAUGCCGAAAUUCGCAGCUCCUUUACAGGCAGCCAAUGAUGGUGCCAACGCAACACUGAGCAUUACAAUUUCUGCUGCCCUGGACAAUGGCAACCCCGAGAAGCUUGUCACGUACACAGUACCAUUUCGCACUACAGCGUUCGGAGAGAAUGGCUACAUCUCGAUCCGUAAGACUGGGGGCCCUUACGUGGACUAUAUGGCUCACGACGGUCGAUAUGAUAUUCUCGCCGACUGCCAGCUUCCGAGUAUGUUCGUUAGACCGGGAACAUGGACGUUCGAAAUUGUUACAAAGCUGGAGGACGAUACUUGCCUGUUUGCAUUGUCUUUGACACAGUGGCUACCGGGACGGCUGCGGGAGUGAGAUUUUUAAGUUGCUUGCCACCAUCCAUCAUGUCGUCUCUUUAACACUACUCUCGUCAACGCUGAAUCAUGACCGUGACUAUCGUCAACGGAAUACUUAAAGGAUCGUUUGUUUCCUCUGGUAUGCGACUGUUUACUUCGUUACGCCUAUCCUGUUAGGUGGUGGACUCCGCAGAAGUACUCAGCCUUUGUCUAUUUUUUCUAAGCUCGAAGACAACUGGGGUAUAGUAGUUGUGGCACAGUAUGAAGGCCAACUGAAUGCAAAGUAUUUCACUUCCAGAGAGGCAUCUAUAAUACGCUUAGGUAUAGUAUCCAAAGGCACAAUAUUGGUGCGAGUCUCUGGCUCUUUGGAGGGCGAAACGGCGCCUUGAGUAUGUGUAUUUACAAAUUUAGGAGAGCCUCAUUGUACUAGUUGAUGACGCUCAUAAUAGGUUGAUACAUGUUAGAACCCGGAGGUCAAAUUUUGUUACAUCAUAGACCAACAGGUAUACAAAAGUUGCAACCUUUCGGUGGCGAUAAACGUGAGCAGCAAUAUUUCCUUACCAAUUGUAUAGUUUAUUAUUAGUAAAUCAAACCCCCAUAACUAUAUAGGCACGUUUUUUCUCUUGUCUUCCCUUUAUAAU